UGCGAGGCUCCACGAGCGUCUCGGUUGUCAGAGGUGCGUUCAGUGCCCUGCUGCCGUGUGGACAUUUCAGCUCUCUGUUUACUCUCUGUAUGUCCAAAAGUCAUGGAUGAACCAACCGAAGAACAAACAUACAGAUUUUUUUCGUUCAGCAUGUCAACUCAGCUCCACUGUGACAAAGAAAGAAAGAAAUCACUGCUGUGUUAUAACUCAACCGGAGAGGAAAGGAAAUGUUGACAGGUUGAGCGUCACUUCGGACUGCCAUCAGCACCUAGCAGAGUGGACCUCCACACUUUCACCCUACAACGUCUCCUGUGGUCUGCCUAACUGAUCUGGUGUCAAAAUGUCCUCACAACGGGGAGACAUUCCAGCGUCACUUCGGACUGCCAUCAGCAGCUAGCAGAGUGGACCUCCACACUUUCACCCUACAACGUCUCCUGUGGUCUGCCUAACUGAUCUGGUGUCAAAAUGUCCUCACAACGGGGAGACAUUCCAGCACUUGAGUCUGGCACAUCUUCUGGGCUCUUCGGUGCCUUUUCUUGUCCAAUUGGAAUGAACCGGCGCACUGUAAGCUAUGAUGACCUCAUGAAUGCCAACAUGCAUUCGCCACCUUCAGACUUCAACGUUAACAUCUUUUGGAAAGACCCUGUCAUCCCACAGCACAAGUUCAGGAACACUGCAGAGGAAAGUGGGAGUGCUGGGAAGUUGGUGACUUUUGAGGCAGGGGCACCAGUCAAUCCCCAAGUUCCUGUUGUGAAAGCCAAAGCCACCUCUUUGAUGAGCACACUUAUGAUAAAGCAGACCCAGGACAACCUCCAUAGGUUUGAGCACCAGGCAGGGCUCACUGAUGCUGGGUAUUCUCCCCACAAGGGGCUUUCUGCUCAGGAGACUCGCUUUCACCGACUGGGUGACGGCACCUUGCCAAAGUUGAGAAUGCCAACCGGGGACUUCAAGGAGGACAGGUGUACAACAUCAGCACAAUCCAGCCCCAGUGUCACCCCUUGUGUCACCCCUUGUGUCACGCCUUCUGUCACCCCUUGUGUCACCCCCUCCGUCACCCCCAGCGUCACCCCCUGUGUAACUCCCCACACAUCACCGGCUGUUAGUCGCAGGAACUGGUUCCAGCUGAGUCCUGCACCUUUUCUUGCCCCACCAGAGCUCACCAGUUCCAACCCCACCACAGACAUGGGAGGAAAUGAGGGAGGAGGAGGAGGAGGAGGAGGAGGUGGAGGAGGUGGAGGAGGAGGAGGAGGAGGAGAGAGGUGGAGCUUCUUUGGAACUCGAUCUGUGGUACAGAAGUCCCCCACUGACCCAGGCUGUGAAACCGGCUCAGGCUUCUCAUUGCAGUCCUACUUCGGCAUGCAGAAGUCCUCCACCAUGGAUAGCACCAACACCCAGGUCAACUUCAAGGUGGACGACCCUGCCAACUUCAUGCCCCCGAAGAUUGAAAUCUCAGGCCUCGAUGCCAACCGAGCUCCCACACGGCCUCACAAACUGAAACCUCGGGACAUGAAUGUUUUAACACCUUCGGGCUUCUGAAGCCAAAACCAGCUGUAUAGUGACACCUCUUUCCUCUGCCUGGGAGCUCCCCCCCCCCCCCCCCCCCCCUCCCCUCCCCCUGCAUUUCACUAUGGCUGAGAGUACUGCAGACCACCCGUAGUAGUAGCUCAUCCGGCCCCUGAGACAUCACCGCACUGUACCUCCUCUCAACUACUCUGAUGGACUGCCAUCUUCUGUUAUCCCCCCCACUUCCUAUCUCUUCCGGCUCACUUGUCCAAAUUAACAUAAUUAAUUUGUCAUUCCCUAUGAUGGUAUUGCUUUGUAGUAUAAUUAUUGUUAUUCUGUUACGUAAUGGGUGCAUUGGCAUUGCUUUGCUGUCUUUGUUCCAUUGUCGAUGAUGACAUGAGAUUGAAGUUGUUGAAGUCUUUUUUCAGUCCUUUGCUCAAGUUAUUCACUUUAGCAUUGCCUCUGGGGAAAUGAACCAGCUAUUUCAGUCAUAGUGCUCAUUUGCCUCAUUUUGUAUUUUCUUAUGUUAUUUUGAAGAAGCUCACAGAUUUGUAGUUGUAGUGCUUUCUCUGUUAGCAUGCAGAGUAUAGUGUGGGAUGACUGAUUUUGUGCCUAAACUUGCAGCAUGUUUGCUUUAUCGAAGUACACUUUUUGUUUUUAUUAUAUCGAAGAACAUAUUAUUUUACCCCGUGAGAAAGUAUGACUGAAGUGAUUUUCUAAUGAUUAUUUCCCCUUAACUAAGUUCAUACAGUUCUUCUUUAAAUCAAUCAUCAUUGUUCAUUCUCAAUAGUAGUGUAAUGGGUUCAUUACAUGUUUUACUUGCAUUACUAUAUUAUUUAACAUGUUGUAAAAAUACAAAAUAUUGACAUGGUACAUUUUUUAUUUUCUAUCACAAUUCAAGAAUCCCUGCUGUUCUAUUUGAAAAAGUUGUUGAAUUCCAAAAAGUUAUUGCACAAGGGAAAUAGUCCCCUACUUAGAUCUGUAAAUAAAUCUGAUUCAAGCUAAA